AUGGUCAACCAGGCAUUCAUCGUCGCGGCCAAGCGUACGCCCUUCGGCGCGUUCGGUGGCAAGCUUUCCAACUUUACCGCUUCGCAACUCGGCGGUCUGGCUUCCAAAGCGGCGCUGUCGCAGUUGCCCUCGCAGACGCAGGUGGAUGCUACGAUCUUUGGCAACGUGCAUGCGUCGGACAACACGGCGGCUUACCUGGCCCGUCAUGUGGGGCACCACGCCGGUUUGCCUGUCACCGUUCCCGCUCUCACCGUCAACCGUCUCUGCGGUAGUGGAUUCCAAAGCAUUAUCAAUGCGGUGCACGAGAUUCGUGUUGGUGAUUCCGACGUCGUGCUGACCGGUGGAACGGAGAGCAUGUCUCAAGCGCCCUACACGCUCAAUGGUGUGAGGUUCGGAAACACGCGCUACGGUGUGGACCUCAAGCUGGUCGAUUCGCUAGCGGCGGCGUUGACCGAUCAGGUGCCUACACCUACACCUAUGGGCAUCACCGCUGAGAACCUCGCUGCCAAGUACGGGAUCACUCGUCAGCAGUGCGAUGAGUACGCGCUGCAAACCCAGCAACGCUACCAGAAGGCGCUGAGCGAGGGGGCGUUCAAGGACGAAAUCGUUCCCGUGGAGAUCAAGACCAAGAAGACCACCGAGAGCUUCGAAGCGGACGAACACCCGCGUGCCAAGACCACCGUCGAGAGCCUCGGCAAGUUGCCCUCUGUGUUCAAGAAGGAGGGCACGGUGAGUGCCGGUAACGCCUCGGGCAUCUGCGAUGGUGCGGCUGCCAACGUCGUCGCCUCGGAAGAGGCGAUCAAGAAGUUCGGUAUCACCCCCCUCGCCCGUAUCGUCAGCUACGGCGUGACCGCGUGCGAACCGAGCAUCAUGGGCAUCGGUCCCGUUGAAGCGGCCAAGCUCGCCCUCAACCGCGCCGGUCUCAAGAUCAGCGAUAUGGACCUCAUCGAGGUCAACGAGGCCUUUGCCGCACAGUUCCUCAGUGUGCAAAAGGAGCUCGAACUGCCCAAUGACAAGACGAACGUUUUCGGUGGCGCCAUCGCCCUCGGUCACCCCCUCGGCGCCAGUGGCGCAAGGAUCAUGGCCAAUCUGACGCACAACCUGAUCAGGUUGGACAAGAAGUAUGCGCUGGGCGCGGCGUGCAUCGGUGGCGGACAGGGGAUUGCGAUUGUCAUCGAGAGGGUGUGA